GCCAAUCAGCGCCGCGUGCGUCCCGUGGGGCGGGGCCGGGGCGGGAGCGGCGGAGCGGGAGCGGAACCGGAGCGGGAGCGGAACCGGAGCGGAACCGGAGCGAUGGAGCGGCGGAGCGGGCUGGGGCUGGCGGCUCUGGGCGCUCUGGGCCGGCGGCUGCUCUGGGCGCUCCCCGCUUACGCCGCGGGGCUGCUGGGGCUGGGCGCGGGCGCCGUGGUGCUGGCGCUGGCGCUCUACGCGGGCUGGCGGCGGCGGCGGCGCGCCCGGGAGCGCGGGAUGCGCGCGGCCGAGCGGCUGCACCGAGACGAGGAGGCGGCCGUGCGCGCCGCCGCCGCCGGGCUGGGCGCGGCCCGCGGGGAGCUGCCGGCCUGGGUGAGCUUCCCGGACGUGGAGCGGGCGGAAUGGCUCAACAAGCUCCUGGCGCAGGCCUGGCCGUUUUUCGGGCAGUUCAUGGAGAAGCUGCUGCAGGACAAGGUGGCUCCGGCCAUCCGAGCGUCCAGCGCCCACCUGCAGACCUUCACCUUCACCAGGGUGGACAUGGGCCAGAAGCCCCUCCGUGUCCUGGGGGUCCGGGCCCACCCUGGAGCCCACAAGAAGCAAAUCCUGCUGGACCUGAACAUCAGCUACGUGGGCGACGUCCAGAUCGACGUGGAGGUGAAAAAAUUCUUCUGCAAGGCGGGGGUGAAGGGGAUGCAGCUCCACGGGAUGCUCCGGAUCAUUCUGGAACCUCUCCUGGGGGAUGUUCCCAUCGUGGGGGCUCUCAGCCUCUUCUUCAUCCGCCGCCCGACCCUGGACAUCAACUGGACAGGAAUGACCAAUCUGCUGGACAUCCCCGGCCUCAGCUCCGUGUCGGACACGAUGAUCAUGGACACGCCUCUCCUCCUUCCUGGUGCUCCCCCAAUCGCCUCCUGGUGCCGCUCAUCCCCGACCUGCCCGAGGCUGCUCAGCUCCGCUCGCCCCUCCCCAGGGUAAGGCUGGGGGGUCCCG